CGAUUACGAGUAGUAUAUUCUUUGAUUCAAAUUUUAUUUACCAUUACAAUACCUACCACAUGGUCUUAAAGUUGUGAAAAUUAAAAAAAAUUCUAACUAGAAACGUGUAUAAUGUCUGAUGUCCCAGAUCUUAGUUCCGACGAGGAACAUUUUGAAGAUGACGAGUGGCAGGAGAUGGAAUCACAAAAUACAACAGUUGGGUGCUUAUUUUGUAGUGAGACUCUACCAUCGAUCGAUGAAGCUGUUAAUCACUGUGAAAUAGUGCAUGUUUUUAAAUUAGGUGAAUUAAAGUCGAAAUUUAAUAUGGACUGUUACUCGUAUAUCAAGCUUAUAAAUUACAUAAACCUUACCAAAGCGAAGCCACUAGACAUUAUGUUGUCAACUCAACCACUCUGGGAUGAUGAAAAGUAUUUAAAACCAGUAGAAAAUCAUGAGUGGUUGAUGUUUGAUUUUGAAUCCCUUGUAGAGAAACCCACAUCUCCUAAGUCAUAUCAUGCCAAUGUUGAAAAUGGUGUAGUAACUUUAUCACAAGCUCAUUUUUUGGAACUUCAGAGGACAAUACAAAGUCUGACUGAACAAUUGAAGGAAAGUCAAACACACUUAGAAAUGGCUAGAGAAGACAUUAAUAAAAUGAAAUCUUCAAUUCAAACAAUUGUACAAAGUGGUACUACGAGUAGUAAUUCUGAGCCUGUGGUUGUUGAUUGUGUUUCAAAGUUACCAAUAGAACAUGAUGCAGGAUAUUUCAGUAGUUAUGCACAUUUUGGUAUACACUAUGAAAUGCUGUCAGAUAAAGUAAGAACAGAAUCAUACAGGGAUGCUAUUUUAAAAAAUAGUGACACAUUUGCCAAUAAAAUUGUUUUAGACCUUGGUUGUGGAACUGGGAUACUAUCUAUGUUUGCAGCGACAGCUGGUGCUACUACAGUAUAUGCCCUUGAUCAAUCAAAUGUAAUAAUUAAUGCAAUGGACAUCAUCAAAGAGAACAACCUUCAAAAUAAAAUAAAAACAAUAAAAGGAAGGUUAGAAGAUGUGACAUUAGAGGAAAAGGUAGAUAUUAUUGUUUCCGAGUGGAUGGGCUACUUCUUGCUCUUUGAGGGAAUGUUAGACAGUGUUAUCUAUGCAAGAGAUCGAGAUCUUAAACCCGGAGGUCUGUUGUUACCAAACAGGUGCAAUAUUAGUCUAGUUGCAAAUGGUGAUGUUGAGACUCACAAGAAACUUAUUGAGUAUUGGUCUGAUGUUUAUGGAUAUAAAAUGAACUGCAUGAAGUCUGAGGUUGUGCUAGAGGCUACAGUUGAUAUAGUGCCACAACAGUACAUAAUAUCUGAACCAUGUGUUAUCAAAGAAAUAGAUAUCCAUAAAUGUGAUGUCAAUGCUAUGAACUUUACAUCCUCAUUUAGGUUGCCAAUAACAAAAGACAGUAAUUUGACAUCUUUAGUAGGAUAUUUUGAUACAUUCUUUGACUUACCAGAAUCAGUUUCUUUUACUACAGGCCCGCACAAUACUCCCACACACUGGAAACAGACUGUUUUCUUUUUUAAAGAUUGUAAAAAAGUGAAACAAGGAGAUGUUAUUGAAGGUACAAUAACCUGUUGGAGGCACAAGGGCUCUGUAAGAUCUCUAGGUGUUGAAAUCAAUGUAUUUGGUAAAAGACACACCUAUACUUUUUAACAAUUUGUCUGCUGUGCCCAAAAAAUUAUUAGUGGCUUAGGUGUUAAACACAUGGUAUGGUUAUUAUAUAUUUUAGCCAAUUAAGUGUUGGGCUGUGUGAUCAGUUACACAAUAUAAUGUAGAAGUUAAACUUUUAUUGAUUGAAAUGAAGCUUACUUAUUGCUUUACACAGUUUUUACCCAAUGCUAAAAGUUUAUAAGAAAUAUAUAUAAAUGAUGCAUAUUUAAUUGUUUGACUAAAAUAAUUUUUUAUUUUUUAAAGUGAUUAUCCUCAGUAGUGGGGUUAAUUACACAAAUUAAAUUUGGAAACAAAAUUUAUAAAUGAUGAGGAACUCGAACCCGCAAUCUAUCAUAUUCUGUGUGAGAGCGCUUCCACUGAGCCAACCGUGCAAGUGACAUGUCGUGAAUAAAAUAUCUUGUAUGUUUUGUUCAACUCUCAGGUUGUGGCUUCAUCUACAGGAUCUACUUUUCAGUUGAUAACCUGCACAAACCUAAUAUUUGCAUAUUAGCAAAUUGACUUAAGAUGUCACUCUUUCAAAUCUAAACAAUUUGUAUUUUUUAAAGUGAUAAUAUCAAAAUUUGUGAUUUAAAAAAAAAAUAACAUGUGUAUUUGAUUUAAUUGAUUGAAACCGCUUUAAUUGAAGUAUGAUAUUAUAAAAUUUCAUAAACCACUAAAGCAAAUUUGGGAUUUUCUUGUAAUCUAGUAUAUUGUAAAAUUAUUUAACUUUAAUCUCUUAUAUUUAGCUGCAUGUAUAGAUAAACUCCUGUAUUAUCUUGUGUUUUUCCCCCACUUAACUGUAAAGUUUUGUUCUACAAAGCUCUGUGAUGUGUAUUUUAAGAACUAUUCAUGAGUUUAUUGUUAAUUAUAAUUAAGACAACAAACUUUAAAGAUUUUAAAAUUACAAUACAUAAAAUAA